AAUCCCAGAACAAACUGAAGUAAAUCAUCGCCAUGCAGCCUUCAGUGAAAGAAUCUCCCGUCAGACCGGGAUUUUACAGACUGGAGGUCCAGAAGACGACGUGGGACGUCCCGGAGAGAUACGCGGCGCUCAAGCCGAUCGGCUCCGGAGCUUACGGGACGGUGUGCUCCGCCAUUGAGCAGAAGACCAAAGAGAAGGUGGCCAUCAAGAAGCUGUAUCGGCCGUUCCAGUCUCUCAUCCACGCCAAACGGGCUUACAGGGAGCUCCGCCUUCUUCGCCACAUACAGCAUGAAAAUGUGAUCUCUCUUCUCGACGUCUUUACGCCCGACGCAACGCUGGAGAAGUUCCAAACCUUCUACAUGGUGAUGCCUUUUGUAGCCCAGGAUUUGAGCCACAUCAUGAAGAAAAAGAGACUGAGCGAUCGCAUCAUCACAUACCUCUUUUACCAGCUCAUGAGAGGCCUGAAGUACAUCCACUCUGCAGGGAUCAUCCAUCGGGAUCUGAAGCCUGGUAACCUUGCUGUGAGUGAGAACUGCGACUUGAAGAUUCUGGAUUUUGGCUUGGCGAGACAAACGGAGAGCGAGAUGACUGGUUAUGUUGUGACACGCUGGUACAGAGCACCAGAGGUCAUUUUCAACUGGAUGCACUACAGUCAGACAGUUGAUGUCUGGUCAGCCGCUUGCAUUCUGGCUGAAAUGAUCACCGGUCAGGUGCUUUUCCCAGGACAUGACAGCAUUGAUCAACUGCAGAAGAUCCUCAAAGUGACCGGAACACCAGACCCCUCCCUGGUGCAGAAGAUGCAGAGUAAAGAUGCCCAGACGUAUGUGAAAGGUCUCCCUUCACAAAGAAAGAAAAAUUUCAAGGAAGUGUUUUUGACGAUGGAUUCAAGCGCUGUUAACCUUCUGGAGGGGAUGUUGAUGCUGGACCCAGAGAAGAGGCUGACGGCCAAACAGUGUCUGUCCCACCCAUUUUUAUCUGAAUAUCACGACCCAGCGAGCGAACCAGACUCUAAUCCUUACGACGACUCCUUCGAGAGCCUCGAGCUCGACGUUGGUGAAUGGAAAAGUCUUAUCCACAUGGAGAUCAUGACCUUUGAUCCUAAGGAUCCUUGCAAGACAGCCAUGUAGGACUCCUUUUUACUCCAGCUGUCAAGACAAGUUCAUUUUGGCAAGGACAUUUCACAGAGCAACCCAAGCCCAGAACUCCUGAGGAGUCCUCAUAAGCUCCUCCCACUGCGGGACUGAUCGUCUGGCUUUCGCAAAUUUGUCGCAAAGCUAACGUUAACAACAAAUGCUGUCCUUUAAAUACAGCAUUUAGGCUUCCUCUUUCCACCAAUUAGCUAUUUGCAUGUCUUUAUACGCCUUUAAAGAAAUGUUAUACAAGUUUUUGUACUUCCUCACUGCCUUGGCCAGCUGCUCCUCAAAACUCGCGGGAAAAUGGGAAUGUAAACCUUUCCGCUUUAAAUCCACCUGCCCACUUCAGAGUUCUGACCCAGUAGUUCUCAGACACCACGAUUAUGUGUUGAGAACAAGCUGUAAAAACUUAGAAACCAGAGCUCCGUGGGGGGAAAAAACAAUGAUGCCGUUAUUUUUCUCACAGCCCUGGGAGAACAGAUUUCUCACUUCUUGCAAAGUAUGUAGCACCCUGAAGUGUGUGUGUGAAGUGUUUGUUAUACGCCUGAUUGUCGCUUUUCGGCGAAAUUUGCCGAUUUCAAACAAAAUACGUAAUUUACGUGAAGCCUAUAGAUCCAAAGAUCUAACUAGGUUAAGUCAGGUACCCUGGACGGAUACUUUUUUGUUGAAACAUUUCGUCUUUUACCCAAAA